CCCUGCGCGGCUGGGACUCUGGCCCCGCGCACCAGCCCAGGCCCCUGGCAGCGCGACGCGGUUCCCAGCGGACAGAGCCCGCGCCCCGGGGACCCGCAGCGGCGGGGCGGAGCGGAGGGGCGCCGGGCGGGCGCACCGGGGGCUCUGAACCGGAGCCUCGGGCGCGGGGCGGCGGCCCGGGCGGGCGGGCGACAUGCAGCGGGACAGCGGCCAGGCUGCGGCACCUGCAGACCCCCUUCUCCCACCUCCAGAUGAGACGGGUGGCCUGCCCCCAGGAUGCUCCGUGAUCCGCACCCACUGCCGGGACCCCACAUCUCUGCCCAUGCAGCACAUUGUGCUGGCCAACCAGCGUGACCCAAAGGAGCAGGACACAGAGGAGCCAAAGAAGAGGAAAGGGGGCUGGCCCAAAGGCAAGAAAAGGAAACCCCCGAGGGAUAUUUCUGUUCCCCGUGCUCCUAUGACAGGGUACAUGAUCUUCUUAAACGAGCAGAGGAGCCAGCUGAGGGCCAGGCACCCAGAUCUGCCAUUUACGGAAAUCACGAAGAUGUUGGCGGCUCAGUGGGCUCAGCUGUCUCAAGAGAAAAAGCAAAGGUAUGUGUAUGAGGCGGAUGAGGACAAGCAACGCUACAUCCGUGAGCUGCAGGCUUACCAGAGCUCCCAGGCGUGCCGGGCCUUCCUGCAGAGGCAAGCAGCGCACGGGGCGCGCACAUUGUUGGCAGGACCAGGCACACCAGGAAACAGAUUGGAGAGGGUUGGCCUUCCAUUCUCAGCACUUGAUGGGGAUGAAGGCAACGACCUGUACUGUAGGACUUGCAGACAGUUCUUCAGCUCCUUGCAUAACAAGAAGGAGCACCUGCUGGGAAAGCAGCACCUGCAGAACCUCACAGGGAAAUUCGAAAAAGAUUCCACUGAGUACUUAAAGCAUCUGGAACCUCUGGAGAAAGAAGAAGGUCAGAAUUUGCACAAAGGAGACUCAGAGGAGGAAGCUGAGUGGCCCCAUCCACUUGUGCUAGGAGGCCUGAUUCCAGAGAAGCGUUUUGCUUCAUUCGACUUGUGUUUCUUGCAAGAGUUUAUCUUUAAACUUCUGAAAAUCAAGGAAUUUGAGCUCAGAGAGCUGAGGAAGACUCUAGAAAGAGCCCGAGUGGAACAGGAGGCCCUGCAGAGGCAGCUGGUAGAGUUCCAGAACCAGCAGCAGAGGCUGGAGGUAGAGCUGGUGGGCCUGAAGACCUACGGGGUCGUCCUGGAGAAGGAGUUUGAGAACCUGAACACGGUGCUGAUGCUGUCUCACUUCGGCCUGCAGGUGAUGGACACAGCGUAAAGUGGUGCCCCGCACCCACGGCCAGGACCUCUCCCAGGAGCUCCGGGUUCAGCUUCCACAGAGGCACCUCUCUCUGCGGAGAAAGGACCAAAGAUCCUGGGAUUUACAUAUGGGAGAGUCAGGAUGGCUGUACUGACAGGAGAAAAUAAAUUGUGUGUGUA